AUGUUGGUGAAGUUUGGGAGCACAUGUGAUACACCAUACAACAUAAGUAACAUUCGUAUAUAUACAGAUAGGAACACACACGAUCAGUUCCAUCACUUUCUUACUAUUACUUCAAUGGCAUCUUUCAUAACAACACCACUCAUCCUUCUCUUCAUCUCCGCCCUCUUCCUCUUCGUCCACCGCCGAUCCCGCUAUCGCCGCCUCCACCUCCGCCUCCCGCCGGGCACCCUCGGCCUCCCCUUCGCCGGCGAGACCCUCCAGCUCAUAUCAGCCUACAAGACCGACAACCCCGAACCCUUCAUCGACCACCGCGUCCACCGCUACGGUCCAAUCUUCACCACACACGUCUUCGGUGAACCCACAGUCUUCUCCGCCGACCCGGAGACGAACCGGUUCAUUCUGCUCAACGAAGGGAAACUCUUUGAAUGUAGCUACCCCGGUUCCAUAUCGAACCUCCUCGGAAAACACUCUCUGCUUCUCAUGAAGGGCUCUCUUCACAAGAGAAUGCACUCCCUCACCAUGAGUUUCGCCAACUCUCCCAUCAUCAAGGAUCAUUUGCUGGUUGACAUAGACCGUCUCAUCCGGCUCAACCUCGAUUCCUGGUCCGACCGGGUUCUUCUCAUGGAAGAAGCCAAAAAGAUAACGUUUGAGUUGACAGUGAAGCAGUUGAUGAGCUUUGAUCCAGGUGAAUGGACUGAGACUCUUAGAAAAGAGUACGUUCUUGUGAUCGAAGGAUUUUUCACUCUUCCAUUGCCUCUCUUUUCAACCACCUACCGCAGAGCCAUCAAGGCUAGGACAAAGGUGGCAGAGGCAUUAACGUUGAUAGUGAGGGAGAGAAGAAAAGAAAGCGUAAAGGAGGAGAGAAAGAAUGACAUGCUAGGAGCAUUGUUGGCCUCCAGCAACCACUUUUCCGACGAGGAAAUAGUGGAUUUUAUGUUGGCUUUGCUCGUCGCCGGUUAUGAAACCACCUCCACCAUAAUGACUCUUGCCGUCAAAUUCCUCACCGAGACUCCUCUGGCAUUGGCACAACUCAAGGAAGAGCAUGAUCAAAUCAGAGCCAAGAAGGGUCAUCCAGAGGAACCACUGGAGUGGACAGAUUACAAGUCAAUGGCAUUUACUCAAUGUGUUGUGAAUGAGACUUUGAGGGUGGCAAACAUAAUUGGUGGGAUAUUUAGAAGAGCAAUGAGAGACAUAAACAUUAAAGGUUACACUAUCCCAAAGGGAUGGAGGGUCUUUGCUUCAUUUCGUGCUGUACAUCUAAACCCUGAUCAUUACAAAGAUGCGCGCACCUUCAAUCCAUGGAGAUGGCAGAGUAACUCUGAAGCAACUAGCCCUGGGAAUGUAUAUACCCCAUUUGGAGGAGGGCCACGUCUUUGCCCUGGUUAUGAGCUUGCCAGAGUUGUACUCUCUAUCUUCCUUCACCGCAUUGACGCAGAAGAGGUAUCCUAUCAUAGUGAAGCGCAGAGAGGUGUCCAGACCAAGUAA